GGAAAGUUUAUUAGGUUAGGUUAAGCAUUAACCGUUAGGUCUCUUCACAUGCCAAACACCAAAAAUGUCAAAUGUCAACCCCUGACGCCAUCGUACCGUCUUAAUUCAUGUCCUCUUUCAUCUGACGGGUUCAAAAAUCCCCGUUACACUAUUUUCUUACCUCUACUGUACAUACACUGAUACAUACCUACCUUCUGCGUUGGCGCCCCGUACAAUACCGUUAGGUUAUACCCAACGUUCGGCACACAUUAUUCCUUAAUGUCUCGGUAGCCUCGAAAAAGAAAAAAAGAAAAAAACACCCCAAGGCCGGGCAGAUUUGUUCUACUGUAGCUUAGGUAGCUUCUUAGUUAUUCAUCAUCACACGCCACAUCUCCAUAGUUCUAGCUUUAGAAAGACAAGAUGGAGAAAUACAGCCAGUUCCGCGAUCGCGGAUCUGGUAUCUCGCCCUUUAUUCCCUCUUCGACGCCGAGUUCGACCCUCUCCUCGCUCUUACACACAGCUCUCUUCCUUUUCCGACUGCCGCUCUUCCUGUCGUACAGCGCCUUGUUCUUCAUCUUCCUCGACAACCUACCUUCUUUCCUCGUUCCCCAGGUCGUUCGUAAGCUGCUGUUAUGGACGUUCCUUGGUAUACCGGGGAUUUGGUGGGUGGAUCUACAGCUCGACGGCGUCAAGCGCGGCUCGCUUUCGCAGCAGCCGAGCUCGCGAUUCCCAGGAAAUUCUAGCGGUUCCGUCAUUGCAGCGCAGUUUACGAGCCCUAUCGAUGCUCUCUACCUCGCAGCUAUCUUCGACCCCAUAUUCACCAUCUCGUUCCCGGGAACCCGCAAGGUCCAGCGUGUUUCCCUUUUGCGCGCUAUCCUGCUUGCCCUCUCGCCACCAGCGCUCUCUCUGCCGUCUCCUAAAAACUUGACUACCCUGCGUGCACUCGUAGAGCAAAACCCGCACCGCGUUAUCGCCGUCUUCCCCGAGAUGAGCACCACGAACGGCAAGGGUAUCCUCCCGUUCUCCCCGUCUUUACUAUCCGCGCCUGCCGAUGCGAAGAUCUUCCCCGUCAGCAUCCGGUAUACGCCGCCCGACAUUACAACCCCUGUCCCGGGUGCUUAUAUUUCCUUCCUAUGGAAACUACUCAGCCGUCCUACGCAUCUUAUUCGGGUGCGCAUCGCUGAAGGUGUGACCAACAAUUCUGCUGCGGCGACGAACGGGGAUGGUCCAGCGAACGGAAUCCCGGAUAAAACCGGUGAUGAGGUGGACGGUGAAUCUCUGACGUCUGAGGAACGGGCGUUGCUCGAUAAGGUCACAGAUGAUCUGGCCCGACUCGCGCGUAAUAAGAGAGUCGGCUUGACGCUACGGGAUAAAGCGGCGUUUGUCUCAGCCUGGAAUAAGGGCAAAAAAUGAAGUUAUGCGGUACUCCUUUAUCUUUUUAUGUAUUCUCAGACUGGACAAGCUGUUUGCUUGCUGGUAGUCAUCUAACGUCAUCGUUACGUAUUUUGGGUGGAGCAUGCAUUGAUUAAUGCAUUGAUUGAUGCAUUGAUUGAUUGAUAUUAUUAUUUUCCCCCCACGUGGUGAAGGUUCCAUUGGAGCGGAAGAAUAGGGGUAAAAGCGAAUCGGAUUGCUUGUGAGAUGUGAGAGAUUAGUGUAUGGUCAAUGACAAGAGAAGAGAUGGAUAUAGGUACGAUACAAGACGUCUGUAAACUUGUAGGUUAGUCAGAUUAUGAGGAAUGAAACUGAUUGAAAAAGG